GCGGGCGGCACGGCGGGUGGGACGGGUCGGCGGGAGCGCGGUCCCCUGCUCGAGCCCGGGAGCGGCGCCGGUCCUCGCCCGCCGCCUGCCCGUGUGCGUCUGCGGGCGGCGCCCCGGCUCCAGAGGAAGCCGGUGGCCGCGCGGACCCUCACCUGCCAGGGCGCGUGCGCGCGGCCGUCGGCGCGCCGCGGGGACGCGGUCUGAUUCACUUAUCCGUUCUAACGUAGAAGUGCCCCGGAGGAGACCCCGCCAUGGAAGGCAAACCUCUGCUGAUGUCCCGACAGAGGACGGAAGUGGUGUGCGGGGUCCCCACCCAGGUGGUGUGCACGGCCUUCAGCAGUCACAUCCUGGUGCUGGUGACCCAGUUCGGGAAGAUGGGCACCCUGGUCUCCCUGGAACCCAGCGACGUGGCCGGUGACAUCGGCAAGCCGGUGCUCACCACUAGAGUCCUUCUGGGGCAGGACGAGCCUCUCAUCCACGUCUUUGCAAAGAACCUGGUGACGUUUGUGUCUCAAGAAGCGGGAAACAGAGCGGUGCUCCUGGCCAUGGCCAUGAAGGACAGGAGUGUGGAGGGGCUGAAGGCCCUGAAGGAGGUGAUCCAGGCCUGCCAGGUGUGGUGACCACGCCUGCUCCUCGGCGCGGCCAAAGGGAGACCCCGACACGCUCUCGAUUCGGAGGCCCUCCCCUGGCCGGUCCGCAGGAGGAACUGUCUGGCCUGGGUCCCCGGAGCCGGAAGAAAUACGCACACCUCAGGCGGACUCUUGGUUGGUUGGGUCGCUGAGUUACCCGCGGUCCGGUGGGAGCACAGCCGUGCAACGUGUCUUGGGGGGCUUGUGAAUGGUUCUCAGCCGGGUCCGGGUAGUGGCAUUUAUUUGAGAGGCGAAAGAGGAGUCAUCAGGUAAGAGUCCUGGUCCUCCACACGCGGGGGCAACUGUUGGAGGACGGCUGUUUCUAAUAAAAAUAAACGCGUACCCU